CCCAGCCCGUGUCGGGACCAGCAAAGAGCGGCGGCUGCGGAGCGAGCGGGAGGCGGCUCCGAGCUGGGAAGCCGGGACGCCGCAGCGGCGCAAGACGACCGUGGCCCGCCGGUCUGCCCCGAGGACGCCCCGCUCUGGGCGGCGGGACCAUGCGGGAUGCCGCGCGGAGCCUGGUGGCGCUGGCGGCGCUGGCGGCGGCCUGCAAGGGGCCCAUCCUGGCGGUGGCAGGAGAACCUGAUGCAACCAAAACCUGUGCAUUUGAAUGCCUCGGGUUUACAAAGAAUAAAUUUCCUUCAAAUAUGCUAGAGAGCUACGCAGUUAGCACCUGCAGAGCAAAGACAUCAGUCAAGCUGAAAACAAAGAAAAACAGAACUUUUUGUGCCAACGGAGACCAUGAUUGGGUAAAGAAAGUUAUGCAGGACAUAGAUGCGAGGAGUGCUCCUUCACUUUCCAGAUAUGGUACCACCACAGAAAAUUUCCCUGCAGCUAACAGACAUUUAGGAGGAACUGUGCUGGAGGUUGAUGGUCAAGUUCAGCCCACAAAAAAAGUUAGCACAACCUCCUACAAGACAGCAAUACUUUCUGUGAGAGCCACAGAAGAUCCCCAACCAUUCAUAGAAAGAGGGUUGGCUGGGUUAGAGACCACAAUGUCAUCUACGUGGUUGACUCCUCAACCAGAAACCGUUGCUGAUAAAUCCACCCUUCAGUCUGGCUCAAUUGCAAAUAACAAGUUAAGGUCAGAAACCACUGAGGGGCACCAGAGAUUCAGGGAGCUUUUCACACCAACGAAAAAAGGCCUGGAGGAUUUCGCUAGAACAACUCAGCGAUUGGUGUCGCCUCCGGUGCCUUUUCCAGGAACUGACAAAAGAAGCACCAAGAGUCCUGCGUUUGUUCCAGAAACUCUGACUUCAACAGGUCCUUGGAGGAGCUCUUCCCUCAGCAAGCUUCUCCUGGAAUUUGUCAGGAAAGAUAAGACGUUGAUUACAAUACCCACCAAGCUUUCAAACUCUUCACGUUUGUCUUUAAGCAGCUUCAGCACAGACCAUAAACCACAGUCAGUUGAGGAGUCUACAGCUCAACUUCCUACCAAUUCUAGUAGCCAUUCAAGCACACAUUCCAGCUCUGAUAGGAACAGUCUCAAUUCUGUUCGGUUUCGAGGGGUGAUUGAUGCAGACCGUGAAGGAGACACCACAGAAACAUCUUUAAUUAUCGGAAACGGUACUUCAGAUAGAACUUUCUCCAAACCUUCAAACACUCUCCCAAUUCCAGGUUAUCACCAGGAAACAUUUAACGAGAGUACUUUAAUAUUCAACCCAAACAUGCCACCAAACUGCAUUUACCCUUCUCAAUCCAUGGUACAAAAUUACAUUAUCCCUGUGGUUUCUGUUGGGGUUGUUCUCUGUGUCGUCUUGGCAAUUGGUGGCUUAGUCUACAUUAAACGUAACAUAUGUACCAAACAGUCACCUAAGAGGCAGGUCCAAGGUCUGUUGUAUCAUCCAUGUGAUUCUCAAGCUGAGUCAUAUCCCAUGGCAAUUGUUUGACCAUCUUUUUGAUUGGCCAAAAAUCCAUCUUAUUUUACAAGAGGGAUGGACUGGGUUAGUAGUGUAACUGAUGGGAGUCCUGUUUGGUCUCCCUCUUCUUCUCUGCCAAAGUCAAGACAGUUUGCAGCUGUUGGUCAAAGGAUGCACUAAAGCAUAACAACCCAUUAUCGGUCUUAUGGGAUGUUGUAGCCCGUUGGGCCAUGGGCCAAGGACAGAGUCUUCAACGUGGGAGGCAGGCCUCCAUACCAAAGCAAGAACUUUCAUUGGAAGAAAAAAGAACUAUUUGUCCAGGUACCAAUAGUUUGAAUAUAAUUGAUGCUUGGCAGUGUUAAGAUGAGCCUGAAGGAUGAGCAGGGCUGGCCCAGAACAUCUACCUGUUUGAGAUGAAAGAUGUGCCCACAAUUUUACUUUUCUAAAUUUACUUAUGGAGGCUGACCCAAUGGGUGGUUAAAUUUUCUCCCACAGCUGGUGAUGAAAGAUCCAGGAGUUGUGCUCUGUUGUAGCAGCUCCCAUGCCCUCAUAGCUAUCUUCCUUAGUCCUCUUAGAAGAGCAACAAGGAUGAUUAGGGGACUGGAGGCUAAAACAUAUGAAGAACAGUUGCAGGAACUGGGCAUGGCUAGUUUAGUGGAGAGGAGGACCAGGGGAGACAUGAUAGCAGAGUUCCAAUA